CUCUCAUUUCUUCACAGAGAGAGAGAGAGAGAGAGAGAGAUCUGAAUCCGAUAUGGAAGCCGUGAAUCACAUCAAGUACGGCAUCCCUUUCUACGCCGUCGGCUGGGCUCCCGACGCCGUUCCUCUCUCGUCGCAACCGGAGAAUGACAACGACAACCAAACCUCUCAGAAAACCGACACCGAGUCGACUCCGUCGGUACCGGACUCCAGCCACAUCGUGCUGGCCGGCGGCGGCGGCGAGGGAAACAGCGGCGUCAAAAACGCCGUCGUUCUCGUCCGGUUCGAUCCCGCUUCAACCUCUAUCUCCCACGAGCCUGUGGCGAAGCUCAGCUUAGGCUCGGAGCUGCCGUAUAGAAUGGCGGUUCAUCCCGGCGUCGACGGCCUCGUUUGUGCGUUUCCUGAGAGCUGCAGUUGGUUAGUGUGGGAGAAAGAAGUGAAGGAGGGAGCUCAUAAGCUAAGUGUGAAGCAAUCUGAUAGAGUGCUGGAGCAAUUGCAAAAUGUAGGGCAGCAGUUGGCGCUGACGUUUAAUAAAGACGGCUCGGUGCUUGCCACCGGAGGCGAGGAUGGAAAGGUGAGAGUUUUCAAGUGGCCCAGCAUGGAAACUAUGUUCACCGAAGAUCAAGCUCAUAAAACAGUCAAGCAGUUAGAUUUCAGUCAUGAUGGGAAAUUUCUUGUUUCCUUGGGACAAAGUGGCCCUGGUAGAGUCUGGGAUGUGAGUUCUGCUGCAGUUGUAGCUACUUUACCAAUUGAAAAGAAUGAGAUCUUCUGUGCAUGCAAAUUUUCUCUAUCGAACAAUGGGAAUCAAGUUCUACAUCUUGCAGAUAAAGAUGGAAUCAUUGCAACAUGGAACACAACCACAUGGAAGAGGGUUCAAUCCAAGCGAAUUACACGAGAUGGCAUCAUGUCCUUUGAUGUGUCAGCUGAUGGAAAGCUCCUUGCAUGUGGCACAACUUCUGGAGAUCUUCUGAUACUAAAGUCAGCUGGAUUGCAGAUUCAUAAAGUUGUCCCAAAAGCGCACACUGGUUUUGUAACUGCAUUAAGCUUCUCUCGUGAUUCAAGAGUUUUGGCUUCCACAUCAAUGGACUCAAGUGCAAGGGUGUCCACCGUUGAGGAGGUGAAUAAAAAGGGAGUGAACUUAUGGGUCGUUAUACUCAUUAUCCUCGUAUCCAUUCUCGCAUAUUUCUAUAAUGAUCCUGAGAGCUGGACGAUGUUGAAGUCAGAAUUGGAGAAAGUUUACAGCUUGUGGCAGAAAAAAGGACUCUAAAUUUGCAGAGAACAGCUCGCUGCUAAUCAUGGAGCCUAAAGUGGUGAUUUUGAUAGCUUGUUAUAGGAUAUAUUAGCUGGGGUGGGAUGUUAAAAUCCACAAUCCCAACCCGUUUGUAGUAUGAGAUCAACCGAAGCUCUUUGAAUUGUUUAUAUUGUCGCUCCUCCUAGUUCUCUUGUGCACAUAUCAAGUUUAUCACAAACAAAGAUCUUACGUUUUCGUA